CAGUGAAUCAGUGACAUUUUCAAAGUGGUGAUGUGAGACAUGAGAACCCUUAAAAGGUUGUCUCUACCAACUGGACUGUUACCUCGGAGCAUCUUGAGUUCUGUCUAGUUCAUAACUUUGGUGAUCCUCUGCAACAACAAUGGGUGACGAGGUUGUUUUGUUGGAUACAUGGGCCAGCAUGUUUGGGAUGAGGGUUAGGAUUGCAUUGGCUGAAAAGGGUGUUAAGUAUGAGUACAAGGAAGAGAAUCUUCCAAUUAGCAAGAGCCCUUUGCUUCUGCAAAUGAACCCAGUUCACAAGAAAAUCCCAGUUCUUAUCCAUAAUGGAAAACCCAUAUGUGAAUCUGCUAUUAUUGUUCAGUACAUAGAUGAGGUUUGGAAUCACAAUCCUUCACUCAUGCCCUCUGACCCUUACCAGAAAGCUCAAGCAAGAUUCUGGUUUGAUUACAUUGACAAAAAGGUUUAUGAUACUUGGAGGAAAAUGUGGCUUUCUAAAGGAGAGGAGCAUGAGGCAGGGAAGAAUGAGUUGAUCUCAAUCUUUAAACAACUUGAGGAGACACUUGGUGACAAACCUUUUCAUGGGGGUGACACUUUUGGGUUUGUUGAUGUUGGUCUCAUCCCUUUCUAUAGCUGGUUUUAUACUUUUGAGACGUUUGGUAACUUCAAAAUGGAAGCAGAGUGUCCUAGUUUGAUGGCUUGGGUCAAGAGAUGCAUGCAGAGAGAGGCUGUGUCCAAAACUCUUCCUGAUGGGAAGAAGGUGUAUGAUUUUGUUGUGGCCGUUCAGAAAGCACUUGGAUUGGAAUAAAGGGACUCAUGAACCAAACUAUAAAAGAUUUGCAAGUUAAACAUGGUAUUGUAGGUCUCGUGUAAUUUUAUGUUAUGUUUGUUAGGCUUGGUUUACUUAUGGUUUGGUAGAUACUUGAGUGUGUCUACUAAGAUUUGGAGUUGAGUAGGGAUGAAUGUUGUUAUGUUUGGUUGAAGUUGUGACUUCAUGAUUAAUAAAAAGCUCAUG